AUGGCUUUUUUCGAAAAUUUAAAAGACAAAGCAUUGAAUACUUUUCAACAAGUUCUACUAGAUAAGAAAGAUGGGUCGGGGUUAACUAAAGAACAAUUAUUUUGUCAACAAUAUCAUAUACCUGAUGGUGAAACUUUAAUCUAUAGAUCCAAUGGAGUAGUUGUAGUUAAAUCCGAAUAUAAUGAGACAACUCAAGCCGAUUAUCAAGUACCAUUAUCACAAGGUAAAAUAUAUUUAACACAACAUUUUUUAAUAUUUGAAGAUGAAAAUGAUAAAAAGAAUUGUUCAUUUAAUUUAUAUUUAUCAACUGUUAAAAAAGUAGAAAGAGUAAGUUCAGAUUAUGGAGAAUUGGCAUUGAACAUAAUAACUUAUUCAAAAUUACAUAUUACACUUCAUUUAGAUGAUAUUAGAUCCGAAUGUGAAAGAUUUGCAUCCAGUUUAUCUACAACGUUGAAGAAAUAUCUUAAAAAUCUUAACAAAUUACAACCAUUUAUUCAAACAUGUUAUUCAGAAUAUUUAUUAUCAAAAAAUAAAAUUACAAAUGAAAAAAUUGAUCAUGUACCACCGGGUGGUUUGGGUUUAAUUUUUAAAUUUCCAGGAAAUGCAAAAGAAUUAAGAGAUAAAACUAAAUUAAAAAUGUGGUUUGAUUAUUUUAAAGAACAUGGUAGACAUUUAUCAUUAAUUAAAACUCCAUUAUAUUAUAAAUUAAUUAGAGUUGGUUUACCAAAUAGAUUAAGAGGUGAAAUUUGGGAAUUAUGUUCUGGAUCAAUCUAUCUAAGGAUAGAUCAUCAGGGAGAAUAUAUCAAUUUAUUAAAUAAUAAUAAAGAUAAAAAAUCAUUUGCAAUUGAAGAAAUUGAAAAAGAUUUAAAUAGAUCAUUACCUGAAUAUGCAGCAUAUCAAUCAACAGAAGGUAUUGAAAAAUUAAGAAGAGUUUUAACUGCUUAUUCUUGGAAAAAUCCAGAUGUUGGUUAUUGUCAAGCUAUGAAUAUUGUUGUUGCUGCAUUAUUGAUUUAUAUGUCUGAAGAACAAGCAUUUUGGACUUUAAAUAUGUUAUGUGAUAGAAUUGUACCUGGUUAUUAUUCAAAAACAAUGUAUGGGACAUUAUUAGAUCAAAGAGUAUUUGAAAGUUUAGUACAAAAUACAAUGCCAAUUUUAUGGGAUCAUAUAAUUAAAAAUGAUAUACAAUUAUCUGUUGUUUCUUUACCAUGGUUUUUAUCAUUGUAUUUAUCAUCAAUGCCAUUAGUAUAUGCAUUUAGAAUAUUGGAUAUCUUCUUCUUACAAGGUCCAAAAACUUUAUUUCAAGUUGCUUUAGCUAUACUAAAAUUGAAUGGUGAUGAAUUAUUAAAAACUGAAGAUGAUGGUACAUUUAUAUCAAUUAUUAAAACUUAUUUUCAUACAUUAGAUCAAUCAGCUCAUCCAAGCUCGUCAAAUUCAAAAUAUAGAAAUACAACCAACUUUCAAGAACUUUUAGUUACCGCUUUUAAAGAAUUUUCAAACAUAGAUGAAGAAAUGAUAAAUCAACAUAAGAAUAAACAUAGAGAUUCAAUAUUUCAAAAUAUAUCAUCAUUUGUGAAAAGAACAGAAAUUAGAAAUUUACCUAGACUAAAUAAUAUAUCCAAUGAAACACUUAACAUUUUAUACGACAGGUUUUAUUCUCUGGUUGAAAUUUCAAAUAUAACUAAAGGCUCAGGAUCUAGUUUGAUGGAUUAUAAAGCAUUUUUGAAAUUUAUGAGUGAUAUAUGUGAUUGGGUUCAAUUUAUAGAUCCAAAAGAUGAAAAAAAUGAUACACACUUCCUAAAAAGAUUAUUUAAUCAUUGGGAUCCAGAAAAACAAAAUGCUUUAACAUUUAGCGAUUUAACUGUUGGUUUAAAUAAUCUAGUUGAAACUGAUUUAAUGACUUCAAUGUCAAAUUUCUUUGAAUUAUAUGAUGAUAAACACAAUGGUAAAUUGGAUCGAGAUUCAAUUAUACAAAUAUCAGAAGAUUUAUUAUAUAUUACCCUGCCUUGGAAAGAAGGUUAUUUAUUUGAUGAAAUUACAAAAGUAGCAGUUGAAAAUGAAGUUGCUAAUGAAAUAUAUCAAGAACAAAUUAAAAAUGGUAAUGAAAAAUUUGAAUUACCUAAACAUGUAGACGUAAAUCGUGAAAAAUUGGAACAACAACAAGUUCAAAGAUAUUUACAAGCAGCUAGUACUUUUAUGCAAAGAUCAUUUGAAUAUGCAAUACCUGAAAAGGAAGAAGUUUUAAUUGAAGAUUUAGCAAUCGAUAAUAAAAUAUCUCAUAAUGCAGCAUUAAAUCCAAAUACUCCAGUAUAUUUAGAUCGCCCAACAUUUAGAAUGGUGAUAUUAGCCGAUGAAAGUUAUGAAUUAUUAUUUAGUUCAACUUUAAGAAAUGCAACUCAUUUAUCAAAACCAUUAGAUCAAAAAUUUAACCCCAUUGGUAAUAUCAAAAAUAUGUUUGAUGGUUUAUUAGCUGAUGGUAAAAAAGUUGCAAAUCAAGUUAGAAGAAGAAUGGAUUCAAGAGCUUCUCAAAUGACAAAUAAUUCAUCAAAUAAUCUGAUAAAAUCUUCAAAAUCUAAAAUUGAAGAAGAAGAUGAUGAAAAAGAUGAUGAUUUUGGUAUUAUCUCAAUUGAUGAAAAGGAUAAAGAUUUAAUAUUAGCUACUGAAGCUCAAACUCUAGUUGAUCCAAUUACAAACAAGCCUGCUAAUCAAAAUGAAUUUAAAAGAUUUCAUAAAGCUGAAGAAAAUUCAAUACAUAAACAUAAUAAAGAGAAUUUAAUAGAAUUUGAAACUUGA